CAAUGACUCGAUUGAUCCACAAAAAUCCAACCGUCUCUCUAUGCCUGAGUUUCAUCGGAGUCGGGGUGGCGACCGAAGGAAGUUCGGUAGGAAGCAAGGAAUCAGCAACGAUGUCGACGGGCGGGAUGAUUACGAGUAUAAAUUUGCAAAUCAAGAUCUGACAGGCAGUGUUGCUCUGGCGGAUAUCGGUGAUACGGAUGAUGCCGGCAUGAAUGGUGCUGGGAAGUCAAGUCUGUCAUCAGAAGUCAUCGGUGCAGAAAGGGAUGACAAAGAUUCCCGUUUGGUCCCGGUGGAAACGUGGAGACCAGUAAGAAAAAUUCUCUCCAUCGAGGAAAAUUCACCUAUUUAUGAUGAAGAUGGCAUGGAACCCGACUAUGAUGAUAACAAGCGUCGGACGGUGGGGCAAAUUCAAGGGUUAAAGAGUGGAGUAGAUUCAUAUCGUAGCCGUGAUGAUGAUGAUGACGAUGCAGGGCGAGAGGGUGGGAGUGAUUUUUACCAACAGUUGAAGGGUUACGGCGACUCAUAUGGUGAUAUUUCCGAUUCAGGGUCUUUUGUUGCGGACACGCCAAAGGCCUAUAAUGAGCGAAGAAGCGUGCAGGAAAUGAAUAGACGUUUGGCUGGCCGGAAUAGAGAUAAGGCUGUUUACAGGAAACCGAGAUGGACGAAACAAUCGGGAGGUGGGGAGGGAACAUCUCCGGAUGACAGCAUCGAUAAGCCAAUGUUGAGACAGGGCCAAACCACUGUUUACCAUCAACAUCAUGAAGAUUCCAACGGCAAUGGAAGCGGUACGAACUGUGACUGUGCUUUGAUAUGUGCCAAACGCAAGAAAGAAAAGGAUGCCAAUGUCGACGAAGAAUCAGAUUCUGAUAGAGACGUGGUGACAACAGAACCAACGGAUGCGGAUGAGGAAGAAAAAGAAGGACCGGAUAAUGAGGAGGCAGAGGACGAAGAAGAUGAACAUAACGAUGGAGAAGAAGAUGAAGAAGAAAGAGACGAAGAAAUAAGCGAAGAUGCAGACGAAGAAGUAGAAAGUGAUGAACAAAAUAAAGAAGAAGAUAAUAAUCAGACAAUUGACGAGCAUUCAGAGGAAUCGACAUCAACAUCUAACGGAGCUUAUGGAAAGAGUGAGGUUUACAUUGAUUUGAAAAUAGGCGUGAGAAAUUUGGGAAAUGGAAGUGUAUCAACGAUUAAACCAUUGGAGUUCCAUAAGAAAAUUGUUGUCGAUCGUGAAAAUUUGGGCAGCAAGACAAGGUUUCACACGAGCAACCAGAAAAGAGCAACUGCUGCAAGCACAUUCCCCAUAGACUUGGUAAAGGCCAUCUAUCAAUUAGUGGACAGCGAUGACAGCCUUCGGAAACACGUGGCCCCACGUCUGCCGGACCGGACCAAGUUGUUGUUCAAUCUGGAACAGCACAACCGCAGCCGGAGAAAGAUUAAUGACCGUCGCCCGAAGAGCGGCUCACGCAGUGCUGGUACAGCGGCAAUCGCCCGAAUUGAGGAACAUCAAAACAGCGACAAGGGACUGGCAGAUGUGAUAGCGGCUAUUGAGCAGCUGAUUCGGCAGCGAUUGGGACCUUAGGCGGAAUAUCGAGAAAAUUAUAUCAUACACA